UGCGUCUUCCUCACGAUGAAGGGAAACCUCACAGGAAACCCCCACUCAGCCCCUCUUCCCCCAGUCAGGAUGUGGCUGUGGCUGCUGGCGCUGCUGGGGCUGUGGCUGCUGUGGCGAUGGCACCGCGAGCGGCAGACGGUGCCCGGCCUGGAAGACAAGUUUGUGCUGAUCACAGGCUGCGAUUCGGGCUUUGGCAACCUGCUGGCCCGGCAGCUGGAUGCGCGGGGGCUGCAGGUGCUGGCGGGCUGCCUGACGG